AUGUGCCGCGCUUUCGCAACAACCCUCAAGGGUACUGCAAAAGAUUGGUACAAAACUCUGCGACCAGGAUCGAUCAGUUCCUUCUUAGAGAUGGAACAACUGUUCACUAGCCACUUCCUUAGUAGCCGGAGAAUUGCUAGAACAACGGGUCAUCUCAUGAGCAUGGCACAAGGAGAGCAGGAGACUCUAAAGAAAUUAAUGCACCGCUUCAACACGACAACCCUAGAAAUCCACAACCUAGACAUGGGGGUUGCUUUAGCAGCCUUGGCAACAACUCUUCAGCCCGGAAGUUUUUUAUACUCUCUGGGGAAAAAGAUGACAGUGGAUAUGGGGGAACUAAUGGCCCGAACACAGAAAUACAUCAACCUGGAGGAAAUGAUGGACACAAGAGGAAGUCUCCUAGAAUGGAAAAGAAAAAGUAGUGGCAGGGAGAUGGGAGAAUCCUAUAAAUCCGCGAAAAGACAAGAGAGUAGUGCACUACACGCCAGCCCAAAGAUAAGAGGGCAACCAAGUAAGUUCUCCACCUACACACCCCUGAACGUACUACGAUCUAAAUUACUGAUCCAGAUCAAAAAGAAGGACUAUGUCUCGUGGCCCAAACCCAUGCGAACACCUCUUCACAAGCGAGACAUGUCCAAGUUCUGCGCAUUCCAUAGGGAUCAUGGCCAUGACACAGAGGAAUGCAUCCAGCUGAAGAAAGAAAUCGAAGCCCUUAUACAAAGGGGAUACCUAUCAAGUUUAUAA